AUGACUCACGGAGGACAGCAGAAGUUGACAGCGGAGGAGAGGCGCAAACGGGAGCAGUCUCUGAGCGAGUUUGCCGAGUAUGUUGAGAAGCAGCAGGAAAAACGGUACCUUCGUAGCCAAAACCGAGAUGGCUCCGUGGCCCCAAGCGACAGCGGCUAUUCUACCACAGCCAUAUCUACCGCUCAUGAUGACCACUCUGAACUCGACAUUCUUGACCAGCUUGGCUUGUCAGACCAUCCCUCUAGUGUUCAGCUCAAAGACUUGCUCCUUGACAACUCCCCAGACGCAGAAAGCAAUAUUUCUCGGAUAACCAGCGUCGUGAAGGGACGGCUAGAGGAGGGACAGGGCGAGACUAUAUUUGACCUUGGACAAGAAGACAACGGUGAUUGGAUGGGAUUCAAUAAGGAGCAGUGGAACUAUGCCCUUGAUCGUCUACGGCAGGCUGCUCGCGAGCUCCGGGCUGAUUGUCGAGUCUUGCUGACAUACAAUGUUGGUGGUCCGGAGGAGGCUGAGACGAAGAGUGACCGCAUAAAGUGUGCUUACGGAAAGGUGCUGAUACGACAGGCUCCUGAGACGGUAGAGAAAGUCAUUGAAACCCGAAUUGCAGUUGUUGGCAAUGUCGAUGCUGGUAAAAGCACUCUGCUAGGUGUCCUGGUCAAAGGAAAACUCGACGAUGGAAGAGGCAAGGCUCGAGUGAACUUAUUUCGUCAUAAACAUGAGAUUGAGACCGGGAGAACUAGCUCCGUCGGUAUGGAGAUUAUGGGGUUUGAUACCCAUGGCGAGAUUGUAGGCCACGGCCAGGCCCGAAAACAGACAUGGGAGGAGAUUGGGAGACAGUCUGCCAAGGUGAUUUCGUUCAGUGAUCUCGCCGGCCAUGAGCGCUAUCUACGGACUACUGUCUUUGGUAUGCUCAGCAGCAGCCCAAAUUACUGUCUACUGAUGGUUGCCGCAAACAACGGACUUAUUGGAAUGAGCAAGGAGCACCUGGGAAUUGCCCUAUCACUCAACGUCCCCGUCAUGGUAGUUAUCACAAAGAUAGAUAUCUGCCCUCCUCAUAUUCUUCAGCAGACAGUCAAACAGUUGACUGGAAUUUUGAAGUCCCCGGGGGCUCAUAAGAUUCCAAUCUUCAUCAAAUCCCGAGAGGAUACCGUUAACACGGCUACGCAGUUUGUCAACCACAGGAUAUGUCCUAUCUUCCAGGUAUCUAAUGUGACUGGAGAGUGCAUUGACCUGGUACAGACGUUCCUCAAUAUGCUUCCACAUCAUGGCCGAUAUGACUCUGGCGCUCCCCUCGAAUUCUUGGUGAAUGAUACCUUUUCUGUUCCUUUUGUAGGGACGGUAGUAUCUGGUGUUGUGAAAGCUGGAGCUGUACAUACAGGGGAUGCGGUGCUUGUUGGGCCUGAUUCACUUGGACAGUUCAAAAACACCGUCAUCAAAUCCAUUGAGCGUAAACGAAUCCAUGUGCACGCCUGUUCAGCUGGGCAGUCCGCUUCUUUCGCUCUCAAGGGAGUUCGCAGAAAAGAUGUAAGGAAAGGAAUGGUUGUUCUACCUAAAUUAGAUCGUCCUCCAAAAGUCUAUCGUGAAUUUGUUGCCGAAGGUAUGACAACCCACGUUGUUGCUGGAUCUAUAACUUUUACUGACCUUGAUUUCUGUUUUAGUGUUGAUACUUUCACACGCCACUACUAUCAAACCUAA